CUUCAAAGCUCUAGCCUGACCCCACUUCUAACCUCAGCUGCAAACCCUGGUCCAUCCUGUUUCUAGUCCUGUACUAGGACACCUUCUCAAUCCAAAACUCUUGCCUCACUCCAGCCCUCACCUCAACCCUCACCUUGGUUCCAGCCUCCCAUUUGCUCCAGCUUCUGCUCCAGACUGGCCACUGGCCCCACCUCUGUCUCUGCUCUGACAGCUCCAGCAUUGGCCCCAGCAUGUCCAUGAAGUAUGAGAACUUCCAGAGCUCAGAGAGUGAGAAUAAAAGCCAGUGCUUUUGAAAUGGGAUGCCUCCUCCCCAGUCCCUCCUGAAGUAUCUCUGCUCUGGCCUCCGUCCAGUCCUGCUGUCCCUGGGCCUCAGCCUCCUCCUGCUGGUCGGCAUCUGUGUGAUUGGAUCCCAAAAUUUCAAGUCUCAGAGGGACAUGGUGACUAUGAGAGCAGAGUUCAACAAUUUCUCAUCAAACACCACGGCCACUGUCCAGGCUCUGAGGUCCCAGGGUGACAAUAUGCAAGAAACCAUAACAUCACUGGGAACUGAGAUGGAGAAACACAAGCAGGAAAUACAAAUAGCCCGCAGCUUGAAUGAGUUGAUACUUCUCGUGCAGAAGGAGCUGAACAAAGAUCAGCAGGAAUUCAAACAAGGUUAUCCAGAGAUGCUUCAACUGGUGCACUGGCUGGUGACAGACCUGAAAUCCCUGACGUGUGAGGUUAUUGCUCUCAAGAGCAAUGGCUCCAAAACUUCCUGCUGUCCCCUUAACUGGCUGGAGUUUGAAGGCAGCUGCUACUGGUUCUCUCGCUCUGGCAAGCCCUGGGCUGAGGCUGAGAAGUACUGCCAGCUGGAGGACUCCCACCUGGUGGUCAUCAACUCCAAGGAUGAGCAGAAUUUUGUCCAGAAACACAUCGGCUUCUUUUAUAACACCUGGAUAGGCCUCAGUGAUUCUGAUGGAGACUGGAAAUGGGUGGAUGGGACUGACUAUGAGACCAACUUCAAGAACUUGACACCGGGGCAGCCCGACAACUUGCAAGGUCACAUUCUGGGCAUAGGCGAGAACUGUACCUACAUCCAUUCCAAUGGCAAGUGGAAUGAUGAUAUCUGUGAGAGGCUCUAUCAGUGGGCCUGUGAGACCAGCGUGGGCAAAGCCAGCUAGGAGAUCCUCAGAGCUGCUUCCUAGGGACCAUUCAGUCUUUAAAAAGACAGGAAAUGGGGUGGAGAUGCUGUGGGCAGGCCUUCCCUUGGGGCCUCUUAUAAGACCUCUGUGGAAGGGGGAAGGAGCCUGGGAGGUUGGAAACUGCCCUCAUUUUGAAUUUCUUUUUCUUUAGCUUUCAAAAGAUUAUAUAGAGACCUUAAGGUUAUUGUUAUUAUUUUUAAGAAUUUGGCUUUACUGAACAUGUUAGAUAUGUAAAGUAUACUUCAUGGUGAUUUUAUAUGUGUUAUACUAUGAACAGAUCGCUUCCAUAUAGUUAACUAACAUGACAGUCACCUCACAUAUUUACCUCUUUGUGAAUAUGAAAAUAUUUACCAGGGAGUAGGGCGGUAGCGCAGCGGUUAAGCACAGGUGGCACAAAGCACAAGGACCCGCAUAAGGAAACUGGUUCAAGUCCCCAGAUCCCCACCUGCAGGGGAGUCCCUUCACAAGUGGUGAAGCAGGUCUGCAGGUGUCUCUCUUUCUCUCCCCGUCUCUGUCUUCCCCUCCUCUCUCCAUUUCUCUCUGUCCUAUCCAACAAUGACGACGUCAAUAACAAAUACAAUAAUAACUACAACAAUAAAAAACAAGGGCAACAAAAGGGAAUAAACAUAUAAAUAAAUAUUAAAAAAAGAUUUACCUUCAGCACUUUUAAUCUGCACUGCAGUGUUAAGUCUAGUCAGCCUGUGUUAUGUGUUAGACCAUCAGACCGCAAUCAUUUAUAACUGAAAAUCUAUAACCAUCUACCAAUCUAUUAGUUCCUCUGCCCCAACCCUUGGUGAUCACUUUUCUACUCUUUCUUUGAGUUUGGCUUUCUUAUUCCAAGUAUAAGGUGGGUCAGUGCAGUGUGUUUCUCUUUCUGGCUUAGCUCACUGAGUAUAAUGCCCUCUCAUUUCACUCAGUGUUAUCAAAAUGGCAGGUUGAAUAAAUGCUUUCUCAUGGCUGA